AUGCUUCAGGCAUUCGAACCUCCACUUGACAUGAGCCAGGAGAUGGAAUUUAGAGACGAUCCACAUCCUGAAUCAGCCCAAAAAGAUCAUUUAGUUUCUGAAGGGAUUAAUCCUUGUUCAUGUGAGUCCGCCCCUGUGAGAAUAACAUGUUCUGUAUCUGAUCAGCAUUGUUGUGUGGAAGAUAGCAAUCAUACAUGCAGAUCACAAGCACUGACCCAUCCAAAUGAGGAGGUGGACAUUGAGAGUCGUCACCAGUCAAAUACUGGGAGCCACUCUCCAAGCUUGAUAAAUACUAAAGAAACUACUGAAUAUUGUGGAAGUUCUAUUACUGAUUCCAUUGGCAAUGUAAUUCCUUGUCUGUCGUAA